AACAAACAAAUUGUUUGCAUCGUUUUAUUGAAGCAAGUUUAACAUUGGACAUCAAAACUCGGGUAAAAAUUUAUCAUUCUUCGAUUGAAACACCAGGAAUCAAAGAUUUGUUGUGAGUGACUGUUUUAUUGUUCAGAUUGAAGAAGUGGGUUUAUCCUAAUUCAUACUCCUCAAAAAUGCCAUUCAUUUGCGACGAUUUCGAAUGGAAGUUGGUGGACGAUCGAGAGCCAUACGAUAAACAUCGAUUUGUUGUGGUACGAAAACUCAGUGUGAAGCCGAAUGAACGCACUCCCAUUCGAAAUUUCACGGUUGAUGAAAUUCGUCAACGUAUUGAGAAAUUCGGUGAGAUCGAAUUGAUUGAAAUAAUGCCCAACAAUGCACUAGAGGCACAUGUGACCUUUGUCAGCGACCGUAGUGCAUAUUUGAUGCUAUUGCAACAUGAAUUUGACAAAAAAGCAUUGAAAACACAGCCUUUUGAUAUUGAAAUUGCUGAUUCAUGGGAACAACCGCUUGAAGUCAUCAAUCAAUCGCCAAGACAUGACAUGGAAGUUGAUGAGCACGUACCAGAAAUUUUCAAAUUGAACGAAGACUGUCUGCUGCAUGUGUUCCAAUUUUUGGAUCUCGAUUCACUCGUCAGUUUGGCCGAUGUGUGUAAAAUGUUCAAUCGCUUAUCGCAUCAUCACUGUUUUCCACACAUUCACAAGUAUAAAGUGGACACAGACGACGAUCCAGCAUUCACACUGGCCAAAUUGCGUCAAACGUUGCUGUGCAUCGGGCCGCAUAUCACUGAUUUAUCAUACGAUGUCAGCUACGAUGAAGACGAUGGUCCUGGUCAUACAUCAAAAUUUUUGAAAGUAAUCGCACAAAACGUGGGCCCGAACCUACAACGAGCAUAUUUCGCAUUCAACCUUGAUAGAGACAAUCGUAUGGUGACAUUAGCACCAGUUCUCCAGAAUUUGGAAUCGUUAGAAAUCGAAGAUAGAGACGAAGGAUCCAGCUAUGAUAUAAAUUUUCAGGCACUGUGCCCAAAAUUAAUCGAAUUCACAGUGAAUAUGGAUAUGGCGAUGAUCGCUUGCUGCAAACCAUGGCCAAGUCUGCGCAGUCUCUCGGUGAAGAAUAACAUGGUGCUGACUACAACCACAUUAAUAUCAUUUAUUAAACAAAAUCCACAACUCACCUGCCUCGAAUUUGCUAUCGAUAGAAGCAAUAAAACUCUUCUCAUCUUGGCUGUGACAAAAUACUUAUCACGAUUCGAAAAACUGACGAUUGUCAAUACAGUUAAUGAAUCAUUUUUUGCCAGAAACUUUGCUAGUCUAAGCAAUCUUCCACUUUUACGCGAAAUUAAUUUGGAGAAAUUGGAUAGAAGCAGUUUGAAAUGCAUUGUAAAUCAUUUGCCAACGUUCAUAAAUUUACAGAAAAUCAGUUUGAGUUGCAGUUGGUAUAAAGGCGUGGGAAUAGAGGAAUAUGGGCAAAGUUUUUUGGAUUUGGCUGAGAAACUGCCAUUUUUGGAAGAAUUGAAACUACAGCGAAUACCAAUCCAUGGGGAUAUUUUAGUCGAAUUUAUCUCAUCUGCCAGCAAGUUAAACGUACUAUAUGUUCAAGACUGUGAACUAGUUUUUUCCAAUGAUUUAAUUUCGAAACUGGUUGAUACAUUGAAAGUCAGUCGGCAAGAAUCCAAGAAGGCUUUACAGUUUUACUUGAAUAAAAAAGACUUGAACGAGUUGAAAACAGUUAAAAGAAGGGAAAUUGAAGAGUAUCUACAACUGAAACGUGCUUAAAGAGGAUUUAUUGUUAUUUUUGGAACGUUUUUUCAUCAUCGAUAAAAAUUCCAACAGUAAAGAUAUGGUAAAUUCCAACACAAUUUCAUGGUGUUGGCAUUUCAACGGUCAAUUAUGUGAAUUAUCAUACAAAUUCUUUUCGAUAUGUUUUAUUUGGCGAAUAUUGAACUCAAGCUCAUUAAAUUGUUAAAAAUAGUCGUAAGUGUGAGCGAGAUAUAGGUUUGUUCUGAAAAUAUUGGUUACACAAAAGCGGGACAUCAUAUUUGCUGAUUCUUAAAGUGACAUAAAUUCUUAACACAUUGGCAUAAAAGCGACACUUCACGAAAGUAUACACUGAAUUUUUGAUGUUGCACAUUAAAUGAAUUGAAUUAUAAUUUACCGCUUCUGCGUACCAACUUGUUCAAAAUUCGUAUUUCAAAAAAAUAACGUCCAACGAAUAUUCUCAGCAGAUCAAAUUUCGCCGUGACACGUAACAGUUUUUCCAAUGGCGACAGGAUAAAAAGUCAACAAAAUAUUGUUUGAUCAUUUAAUGUUGAUUGUUUAACUGAAUGAAAGAAAGGAUAAAAAAUAUCGAUAUUAACGAAAGUUCACUAUUCAAAAUAGAAACAAAGUGAACAAAAAAUGAAAUCAAAUAUUUUACAAUAAAAAAAAUUGGAACACUUUGCAAUCUA